GGGACCAACCGGGACGGGUCCGCACAAAGGGACCCCAACCAGUGACCGCGUUAACUUCACCUUUUGCUGGACAUAACUUAUCUUUUGCUCUCUUUUGGAUUUUUGUUAUCAAACGUAGGAAUUGACUGUCUUUGAUUGGGUUAGACUGUGUGAGAUAACGGGACGUCCUUUAAAAGUCGCGUAACUGGGCUAUUUUUACGCAAAACCUUCAAACUACUCAGGUGUAAACAAGACAAAACGUUUCCGAAAAGCUGAAUUCUGAUUGAUUGAGUGUUUGUCGUGCGUAAAGUUUUCGUACAACUGACGGGACUGGCGUUAAAGUUGGACUGAAACAUGUUGGAGUUGUGCGUGACAGUGCGUCAAACCAACACGGGACAGGAGGCGCACCAAUAAUUAUUAGCUCUCAUCCCUCAUUUCCAUAGCUCUCCUGAGUUUGGCUGGACACAGGCCAAUAUCCCGCAGAAGGGCAGCUCGAGUCGUAAAAGCCGAAGCCGUCCUCAAUCAUAAUUACUCUGACAUGCGCAAUCUGCACUUGGGUAGCUCCAUCCACUCCAUCAGCUACGGACGCGUAUUUGAGAGCGAUCCGCGCUACUGAAGGCUCCCCGCGAACCCCGCUCGUCCCACCGAUGGUCCCGGGAAGGAACAGCGCCAUGUCCCGUCGAAAACAAGCCAAACCUCAGCAUCUCCGGUCCGAGGAGGAGGCGACAGCGCGCGGCGAGCUGCUCUUCGGGCACGACUCUGCUGAAGGCCUGUGCAGAGACGACACCAGCGUAGCGGACCCCACCAGCGAAGACACCCACAUCUGUGACAAAUGCUGCGCCGAAUUCUUCACGUGGACCGAACUCAACGAGCACCAGAAACUUUGCACCACGGACGACGCUUUGGUGCUCAUCGUGAAAGACAGUGAGGACUCCCAAACCGGACCCUCGCCCAUUCCCAGCAUCCUCUCCUCUGACUCCUCCCCUCCAGGAUCUCCAGACUACGAGAUCGGAGGAGACAUACUCGGGAAUGACAAUGAAAGCUCGGAUAAUUUAGACGAAGCUCAAGCCCAAGACCAAGAUGAAGGCAUGGAGGUUGACGCUUUGCAAGAUAAAUUUACGUAUAAUUACACGACAAGUUCCAGCCCUCAAAAUUCAGAGUCAAAUUUACCGUUGAAAUCACUAACAACGGGUUAUAGCAUGCCGAGUACUAAUGUAACUCUGGAAAUCCUCCAUAGCACCCGUGUAGCAGUGGCGCAGUUUUCCCAAAGUUUAAACAGUCAUCCAGGAGCGAAGGGGGCGCCAGCUGCAGCUAUCCCGGUAAUUCUCGAGCAUUUGCUUAAUCUACAACAACAACAAGUGCACCAGCUCCAUCUCAUAGAGCAGAUCUGCAGUCAGGUGGCCUACAUGAACCGUCAACCCACACAGUCAGCGCUCAACCCAGUGUCCAGGGUGCUCCCGCUGGGCCCUAUCCCGUUUUCCACUCCUCCCACUGCGAUCCCGGCCUCGAUCUUGCCUCUAUCAGGGACAAUGCCUUCCUCGGUGAACGGACAAGCUGCUGUGACUUUGCCAUCGAGGCUAGAGAAACUGCAAACUUCGCAAACUUUUACCAGAGAUUCUUCAGAAAACUCCAGCUCAAGUAGCACCAGCGUGUCCACAUUGCUUCCUCCUUAUACUAGUAGCAUUAGCAGCACGGCAACGCUCAGCUCCUCCACUCCACUGUCCCUCGGGCCAAGCAACCUUCUCAGCCAAUCUUCAAACCUUCCAUUUCUACCUCAGAGCCCACCCGGCAGCAGCAGCGGCGUCAUUUUCCCCAACCCUUUAGCCAGCAUCGCAGCUACGGCGAACGCCCUUGACCCGCUCGCAGCGCUAAUGAAGCAGCGGAAAGGCAAACCUCCAAACGUGUCUUUAUUCGAUACUAAACCGAACCCAGAGGAACCCUUUUUCAAACACAAGUGCCGUUUCUGCGCCAAAGUCUUCGGCAGUGACAGUGCUCUACAGAUCCACCUGCGUUCGCACACUGGGGAGAGGCCCUUCAAAUGCAACAUCUGUGGAAACCGCUUCUCCACUAAAGGGAAUCUUAAGGUGCACUUCCAGCGCCACAAAGAUAAGUACCCACAUGUCCAAAUGAACCCAUAUCCUGUUCCGGAAUACCUUGACAACGUGCCAACCAGCUCGGGAAUUCCCUACGGCAUGUCUAUCCCCCCGGAAAAGCCAGUCUCUUCGUGGAUGGAGAGUAAACCAGUUGUAGCCUCUUUGCCCGCCAGCCUUGGUCUUCCGAUUGCGCCCGCUGUCUCCGGUCUGGGCGGCUCAAAUGACCACAUAAGUGUAACAGCAUCCCUGAAAUCUCCAUCAGCUGGUGAAUGUAUUUCUUUGUCACCUAACCACACGAGCAACGAGGCGCGCUUUUCUCCUCUUUCAGAGCCUAGCCGGGAGAUUGAAGCACCCAAUUUACUUAAGAGCAAUGGACUUCAACUUAUGCAAAACUUUACUUCAAAACACAACUUCGAAUCUAGUGCGAUCUCCACUCCGGAAGCUAGCACCUCGCCAGGUCCUGCUUCUCCACCGAACCACGCUGAAGAUACAAAACUGUCCGCCAUGUUCGAUUCAAUCCAACCGUCUGAAACCUCCAAGCUGCAAAAACUAGUCGAAAACAUUGACAAAAAAAUCACAGACCCCAAUGAGUGCGUGCUUUGUCAUCGCGUUCUCAGUUGUCAAAGCGCUCUGAAAAUGCACUACAGAAUCCAUACAGGUGAAAGGCCCUAUAAAUGUAAAGUCUGUGGUCGUGCUUUUACAACUAAAGGUAAUCUAAAAACUCAUAUUGGGGUCCAUCGAGAAAACCCGCCAGUCCAAGUCCAGCAUUCGUGUCCAAUUUGUCAAAAGAAAUUCACAAACGCCGUGGUCCUUCAGCAGCACAUUAGAAUGCACAUGGUGGGGCAAAUUUCAGACUCAAAUAACAUGGAAAGUCCCCAGGAAAUGGACUCCGAAAUCUCUUUGAGCGAUAAGAACUUUGAUAGUGUAAGUAGCAACAGCAAUGAUAUAACAGACGAUAUUUCAAUGGACGAGGAAGAGGAGGAAAAUCUGGAAGAAAGUUUUAGCAAUUCACCCAGAUCGUCUUUUUCAAGUUUGGCUGCGCUGGAGAAUCAAAUGAAGACUAUGGACAAUGCUUAUAAAUCUCUAACGAAUGGGUUUAAUGACAAUGUUAAAAGUUCAGAGAAAAGUCCAAAAAGUCCAGACCAGACAAACUUAGAAGGAGCUACCAGGAUCAGAUCUCCAGUCCUGGGGAAAAGUAGAACUGUGUCUCAAGAGGAUUUGGGCCCUUUGGUGAAGACAGAACUAUCUCAAAGUUUGACUAACUCUGCGGAGACGAUCGGCCCAGAGCAAAAAGAAACUCAAUCCACCAAACUGAGCGUGAAAGAGGAGACGCCAUACUGCAUGUCCUUCCACUUCAGCCCAGCUGUUGGCCAAAGCACCCCGAGCCUCGUCCCCGCUUCCACACCACUGGGCCUUUUAAAACCAGAGCUGAACGGACAACCAACCAUCUCCAGUGAGCUCCAUCCUCCUCCUCCUGCCCCGUUCACUGUCCACGUGCCCCCAGCCUACCCCUCCCCGGGCAGCCCAGGACCCCUCUCUCUCCUGGGGUCAGCUCCUCCACGUCGCACCCCCAAACAACACAACUGUAACGCCUGUGGCAAGAACUUCUCCUCCGCCAGUGCCCUUCAGAUCCACGAGAGGACCCACACGGGAGAGAAACCCUUCGUCUGCUCAGUCUGUGGCAGGGCCUUCACCACCAAAGGGAAUCUAAAGGUCCAUAUGGGAACUCACAUGUGGAACAACGCCCCAGCCCGUAGGGGGCGUCGUCUCUCGGUAGAGAACCCUCUGGCGCUGUUGGGGGGAGACACGCUGAAGUUUGGAGACAUGUUCCAGAAGGACUCUCGGAGUGUGGACCCAGGCUUCUGGAGCAGAUACGCCUCGGCCAUCACCAACAGCCUGAAGAACAACGAGAUCUCAGUGAUCCAGAACAGAGCCCUGCCCCAAAUCCACCCCCUGUCUGUGGAGCGCGUGAGCGCCCCCAUCAGUCUGACCAAGAGCAUGGAGCUGGGAAACAACAGGCAUUUCUCUAUGUUGAUCGACGACACUAAGGAGAUUGGAAUCAACUGAACUAAACUUAUGCAAUUAUAUGGACUAUAAUGUAUUUGUAAAAACUCUUGUUAUGUAUAAUCUAUAGACUUUAUAAAUGACUUUUUAUUGAAGAACAAGCCCAGCACACUCAUGUUUGCCCCAUGCUGUCACUUGUGGGGAAAACCUCUCAAUAAAAUAACUUUAUUUCACGGUCGUGGACGUAUUGUUCAGUUGAAAACAGCGUGAAUCAAAGACUCUCUCUCCUCUGGACAGCAGCCAGUGCGGCUAAAGCACAAACCUGCUCCAAAAUACAAAGCUCCCAUAAGUCUGACUCCUGAGGUUUUGUCACUGUAAAGGUGGAA